UUUGUAAAAUCCUCAAUUCUUUCUAAACAUAAGCAUUAAAAGAAUGAACUUUUCAGAAAUCCAAAUAGGGAUUGGUGGGUGUUUUGAAGAUAAUUUCUCAUAUAGGUCUUUAAAUUGGCUGAAAUGGUUGAGUUCAUUGUUAGUGGGUUUUUUCCCAAUGCUGUAAUUUGUUCAAAGGUAGUUUUGUCGAGGGUGCUUAAGUUCAAUCUUGCUGCAAGAAGUUUAUUUGUUCCAUUAUAGGGUGAAGAUAGUACAUUGCUUUCACAAAGUAUAUGGCAAAUAAUGCCCUUUCAUAUUAAAAAUACAUAUAUAUUCUACAAACGAAAACUCUAAAGUCUGAAUUAGGAACUUGAUAUUAGUUUCAUAUGUUUCCUUACCUUUCUAACUACGACAGUAUUUGGUGGAAUGAAAUAUGUGAAGUGUAGAUAUGUGAUUUAAUCAGGAUAUGCAGUAGUGAAAAUGUAAAAGUAGGCAUAUGUGGGAUUUUUGGUUUUUUUCUGGGGAAAAAAUCCAUUUUGAAUACACAUAUAAGCUAGUACAAGAUUAGCUUGUUCACUUUCUCAUGGGUAAUGUUUAUAAGUGUAACAGUGACAUAAAAGGAAUGCCACAGGCAAUAGGUUGGUGUAUUUUUCAUUAUAACAAAGCAGUCAUUAUGGUCAUCAGCUCUGAUAUCUUGCCCAAUGUAGGCAGAAUAAUUUCUGCCACAAUCUCUUGCAUCUUCUGAGCAUAAACAGCUCUUUAAAGUAAGUAAUUUUUUUAUUUAGAAUACCAGUGUAGUAGGUUGCCACUUUUGCAAAUCAAUUCUGUUCAGUGUGAAUUUGCAAGUUUCACUUCCAUGUUUUUUUUGGGUUUUUUUGUUAGUCUAAACACACUCCCUGUCAGCUUUCCUCUUUCUGGGUUCAUAGUGGUGUUUUCUGGUGAUUUCUUUCCCAUGUAAGUAAUGUCAGAAUGUGAUGAAGUUGCUGUAUCAGUCCUCUGUUUUGUUAUAGAUAAGGAAUUUACCGUGUUCUGUGUUACCCAUUUUAAUGUGUAUAUAAUUUUCAAAAAUAAAUUCAGAAGUUCAGCUAAAGUUUUCUGAAGGAUUAACUUAAGUGACAUGAAGGGUUCUUUAUCAGACAAGGCUUUUCAACAACAUGUCAGUCAAGAAAAGAAAAACAGGAUCUUUGAUAAAAUGACUAAUGAUCAUGUUUGUUCAAUAUUGAUAUUUUUUCUUCCCCUUUUUUCCCCCUUUGCUUAGGAUCUCUCAGAAUUUAAAUUUCCUUGUGGUACUUCUCUUUUCUCGUUGGGCUCUGUCCUUGAAUGACCUUUAGCAGAUGUCUUGAUUGCAAAUUGCAUUUCUGUCAUUGGGAUUUACAGCUCUCCUCCUCUGCAAGCUGCUGUUUCUUUCUAUCAUUUCAUCUGAGCCAGUUUCCUCAGCUCCCCUAUCCUCUGUGCUGUCUCUUUGAGAUUCUCCUCUGACUUGAACUGUCUGUGGGAGUUUCAAAAGAUUUCCUUCAAGUUUCCUUCCAGUGGUCUGGUCCUGCCAAUUUCCAUUGAGAGAUGAUACAAUAGGUUGGUGUUUGAGGUGUCAGACACUGGGAUACUGUAAUGUAUUAGUAAGUUUUUAUCAGAACAAGGUUGGUAAGGAGAAUCUUUCAACUGCAUCGCUUCAUCUGAACAACUCAGCUCUGCCCUUGUCUUUUUCUUGCACAUACUUAACCUCUUCUCACUCAUCUCCUGGACCUCUGAUUUCUAAAACCAUUCAUGGCCCCAGAGCUCUUGCCAUGCCUUUUCUCGGCUUUGUUUUUUUCUUGCUUAUUUAAAUUUCUAUAUAGUAUUCAACUUUAAAUAUGAACCUUUAGUACAAACCCUCUGACCUUCUCUGCUCUCCCCUGUGUACUUUGAUAGGGGGAUUUUUGUGUUUGGUUUUUUUUUGUUUGGUUGUUUUUUUAGGGAGGGUGACUGGAUGUAUGGGCUUUGUUGGCUUUUUGCCUAAAACAUCAAUUCAUCCAAAAUGUCUAAGAAUCAAGGCAGUUUGGUUUAACAUGCAGUUAAACAUAUGUAUCUUUGGUUUUGUAGUGUAGCCUGAAUUUUUUUUUUGAGUUACUUCUGGUCAGAUGCUUUAUUUUCAGACCAAGUAAAUAAGCACAGUUACUGGUGUUCCCAGCCCUUCUCCAAUAAAGUGAAGCUGGUUUUGAUGCCUGUCUUCUAAGCAAGGAGCAGUAGAUCUGUGCUUGGCAGCCUUGCCAUAACCUCAGGUUUAGUUAACUGUGCUUAAGUAACUAUAAAACAUGUAGCAGCAUAUAUGUCAAACAGAUGAGAAAACAGUUUAUUUGGCCACAUCCUUUACAAUGGACCUGUUGAGACCGUUUCGUUUGCAAAUAUGCUGGUAUCACUUCCCUAAAAGCAAAGCCUGCAUAAAGGUUUUGCAAAUGACUCAUAAUAUCUUUCUCGAACCUGGCCACCUAAAGGUCGACCCCUAGGGACUUUCUGAUCCCCAAGUUUACUUAGGCAGUGCAGGGAGGAACUUGAUGGUGUGUUCCCUUGCUGUAGCUCUGUUUACAGGGCAAGCCUGGACCUCUCACUUGUUUCUGAACAGUAGCCCUUACUUUGGGUUACUGACUAGCACUGAUCAAGAUUAGAGCAUAAAUAAAAAGUUGUGCUGGAUCUUGGCUUCUGAUGGUAAACUGUAGUGCAAAAAUAUUUCUAUUGCAGUUUGAGCUGAUUAGAAGGAGGGAAUUUGAAGUAUUAGAUUAAUUAAUGAUUUUUUCAACAUAGUAUUAUCAUAAAAACCUCCCUUUCUCUAAACAUAAUGAAUUGGAUGCUUUUUUUAAUUGAAUCAACUUUUUGCACUCAUUUCUUUCUGAAAUAAAACAUUUUUUAAUUUUUAAUUUGAAAUAAUUUAAAUAGCAAGAAGGUCACCAAUAGUAAUUUAUAUUUUUAAGCUGACAGUUUGGCUUCCAGUUUUUUUAAAUGUGACCUACACUUCCUUUUACAGAAAGCAACAUGUUGCAGUUUGCUGAAGACUGAAAUCUAAUACAUACAGUUUUCAUGAGUCCAGUUUGUACUUAAAAAAAAAAAAAGAUUGGUUUUUUUUACUACUCUUUUCCACUGAAUGGGGAACUUUUAAUUUUGUUGGUUACAUUUGUCUGUCUGACCACUUGCUGCAAAAUUGUGCAGCUGCAACUAAGUUUAUUUAUCCUGUUACUAAUAGGUGUCAUAGUCUGCAGUCUUUGUGUUUUGAGCUAGUUAAGUGUAAAUUCGUGUGGCUUCAAACUCAUGAGCAAAAUAAAUGGCUGGGCUCUUUGGAUCAUAUAUCUAGCUGCUCUUCAGAUUUCUGUUAAAAACACUGUGUGUAGAACUGAGUGUGCAGUGUGUACACUGUGUGUACACUAAGUAUACAACUCAGCAAGCAAUUUGAAUGGCUCCCUCAGAGCAAAGUGCUGAGAUAACCACAUAUUCUUGGCCUUCGAAUACCUUCUCAGCUUUCACUUUUAUGGUACACCCCUAAAAAACUUCCAGACAAUGCCAGUAGUUGGAGAAGCUUAUCUGGGAGAGAAUGCUUUGUGAAAGCAGCAGAUAUAUCAGUAAUGGAAAUCAUCAGCCCUCACACCGGCAGAAAGGAGCACACAGUCAGAGCCUGUACAAUUUUGAGGUUUUUUCAGUAUUGCACAUUUCAGAGGAGAAUGGGAGACCAUGGAAGUUACAGGAUGUUUGGAAGGGAUCUGGAGACACAAUGUGGGGUUUAGGAGUGUAUAGGAAGGAUUGAUAAAACAGGGUUGGGAGAUAAUAAAAUUUUGAUUGUCUGGGUGGAAGGAGAAGAGUGCUAAUAAAGAAGGAAAAAGUGGAGGUAUUGAUUUCUCUGCAAGGAUGAAGUAAAAUGUAUCCAAAUUAGGGGGUAGGUGAGGACAUCAGGAGUAUUCAGUAGAAAGCCCAGGAUUAUUUUGGUGUUUGGAUUUUGUCAGGGAAGCAGACAGAGAAAAGAUGUCAGGGAGAUUGGGAAUAAGACUGUUUGGAUUUGCUUUCUGAAAACAAAAAUCAGGAAUGAGUGAGAACGUUCCAAAGGCUGAAUGCCUGGAAUAGGUUGUCUCUGGCAUUUUCACAGGCUAUGUAGAAAAAGAGAGCCUCUUGAAGAAUAAGAAGGAGCUGACUGAAAGAGAACUAAGAAAUAAAUUGGCACAAGCUUUAUCCAUAGCAAGAAAGAACUUGAAAAUGUCAAAAGCAGUAAAGUGGUGAAGUUGAGAAGAUGUGAUUUUUUUUUGAUUUGUAGUGAUUGCUGGAGUACAAUGAUUAGAGCAAGUAGUUUCAGUGGAGUAAAUCUUCAUCCCUGGUUCACCAUUAUAGUUAUGCUGAAGCAAGUGCUAGUUACAUGUACGGCUAAGCAGUAAUGUUCAGUGCAACUGUGAAAUUGUAAGGCAUGUAAUCAGCAGUUAUAUUUGUUUACAGAUACUUUAGUAACCCCCCUAGUGGGUUGUAAAUAUGCAUAUAAAACACAAUCUGAUAGCAUCUUCAUUACCAACAUUUUAUUAUUGUGUAGUGCUUGAUGAGAAUUUCCCUUGAUUUCUCGCUCGUUUUAAUAGCACCUUACAUCUUCUACUGUUUUUUGGGUUUUUUUCUGAGUAGAAAUGUACAAAAUGCCACAGGGAGCAAUCCUGAACUGAGAAGGAGAGUAGGCAAGAUGACAUAACAGAUCUUUUAGCUUCUGAAUUCGAAAACGACAAAAGUCAUGCAGGGCUUGGUAACUAUUAAAAUUUGUUACACAAAUUUGUGAUUUGUGGCUGUCUUCACAUUGUAGAAUGAAUCAGCAGCAAAAUGUCAAUAUUCUCAGAUUUUCAUUUUUUCCAUAGUUCUGCCACUUAUUUAACUUUUAAGCUUUUUAUUCUUUGUUGUGGAACUUUUAAAAUGUUAAAGCAUUUUUGCUAUUGUUUUCAGGUAAAUUGAUUUCCCACCUUUAGUUGCUGAGGAAAUAGAAAUUCUUUCACUGUUGGGAUCAAAGGCAUUACUAUUUUAAUGUCCCUGUACUUUUUUCCAGAUGAGGCCUGAAAUGCAUUUAUUUUUUAUUGGAAUUUAUGAAAAAAUGUGGCUAUUGAUUUCUCUAUAGCAGUUAAAUAGUGCAUUUCAAAUUGAAAUUCUAAACUUUGAGUAGCUGUGGUUCUGCUGUGGUCAGUGCUUUUUGGCUCAGGAUCGAGCAGACACAGCCUCAGUGGUUUGGGUUCACAGAAGAAGCAGUAAAACAGGCAGACCACAAUGCACAACUUAUCUGACAGUUAAAUGUUUUCAAGUUCAAGAGACCUCAGAUAAGCUAAGUUUUCACACCUUGUUAAUCCCUUUAAUUUAUUACUUGAUUUUCUGUUCUUGCUGCUGAUAGUGCCCAAGAGCCCCAUUACUGCCUAAACAGUGUAAAAAUAUAGACUGAAGAGUUGGUCCUUGCCCAAAGAGCUUCAAAUCUGAGUAUGAACUGAAGUGUAAAGGGAAGCCAAAGACAGGGAUUAAAGCAGAAGAGGCAGUGAUCCAAAUGCCAUCACCUUCAUCACUGUCAAGACAGGUGUUCUAGCAACAGGAAUUUUUAAAGAGGAGGAGAGGAACAGAAACUGGGCUUUUGGAGUGUGCUUCCUUCCUUCCUUGGCUGAUCAGUAGCACAGGCUUAUUGAUAAACUUGUUUAAACUUGAGGUAGAGACAGAAGGCACUCUUCUCUGGGUGCUCUGGAGACAGGAAUCUCUCUAGACCUCUUUCUUACAAAUGCAAGAUGAAAAAGUUUGAAUAAGACAACAGGUAAUGUUAUGAAGAAGAGCAAGUCAGUAGAAAGUUGCAAGACAGGAUUAGAAAAUGGAAAAGAACAGUCUUCACAGCUGGUCUGGGUAACUAAGAAUAAGGUAAAAUGGCAUGUACAAAUGAUAAAAGGAAGUUCUCAUCCUUGGCACACAAGAUUAUGAGACAGGAGAACACAUUCUCCAUGGAUAGGCAGGAGAGGCAAUGUUUUAAGUAUAAAAGGAUGUGCAAAAGCAUGAGUGUGCUUUGGGUUGUGGUUAGAGAUCAGAAUUGAAAAUAUAGAGAAGUGUAUCCCUUUGGGGACACUUGGGGAAUACAGAGUUCCUGUAUGUCUUAAUGAACUUGCUGUCUCUCUAGCAAUGUCCAGUCACACAGCUUUGGAAGUGGCUUCUUUUUUUUUUUUUUUUGGUAUAUUUUUCUCCCUUUCGUAAGGCUGAUUUUUCUCUCUUUUACCUUCUCUGUUCUCAUUAGAUUCAUCUGUAUUUGUUGGGAAUGAUGUCACUAUUUAGUAAUUGUACUGGCAUGAUAUGGCAGAAUUCCUUUUUAUCCAUAGGACUGAACUCCUCAAGCCUUCUGCUUGUCAAUUAUUUGCUUUGCAGUUCAGAAGCAGUGGAAACAUGUGGCCUCUCACUUAAAACUGAAGCAGCAGUCUUAAGAAAAUGCUCUCUUCAGUGGUGAUAAGUCAAAAUCCACAUUGCUCGCUGCAGACUUACAAAGAAUGUUGUUUCUAUCUGGGUCAGUAUUUGCUUGAAUAUUUUUGAGAUUGCUCUGGAAACAGUAAUGGCAUUUCAUGGUGCAUUUUUUGGCAACAUUUGAGAGAGCUGCUUGCAGACAAAAACGUUCGCUGUAACUGUAAGUUAUACAGGUACAUGUUUACGUCCCUAGACAUUCUUUUGGUUUGCUGUGGUUCAAAUGGAAGCAGUGUCACUUGACAUUCCAGGAUAGCUGUAUCUCUGCAGUUUUACACAAGUGCUGUGUUCUUCAUGCUUGGGAAAUAUAUGCUUCAUCUCCAGGUUUAUUUUAAUGUCUUUUGCUUUUUAAUAAUGCAACAACAUUUGGGGAGUUUAAGAAAAUCCCAUGUACACAUGAUCAGGGCAGGAGUGAAGAGAGGACCUAAAUUCCUCUGCUAAAUUGCUUGAAAAUCACAUGCUAGACACUAAUCCUUUAAGCAUAAGGAACUUGUGUGGGUGUUGUUUAAAACACUGUAUUUGAGAUUAUAGAGUCAUACUUUGCUUUGAUGUGUGCCAACAAUAGUAAAUAGAUAUCAUCCUAUAUAACAGUGUUUUUAAAAUCUUAUGUUUCAGUUAGAACACUUUAGAAUUCACCAUUUUUCAAAUAUACUUGCUAGAUAUGCUAUUGCAGAGGAAAGGGAGAGAAGUAGUGUCAUUUAGAGAGGCCUGUGGAGAAAUGGCUUAUUUUAGUGUUUUUGAAAGGAGAAAUGGCUUAUUUCAGAGUUUUUGACAGGACUCUUUAAGAAAACAAUCCCAGGGUAAAUACCAAGAUCUAGAUAGUUUUGUUGGUUUGAGAGAUGCACAGAAAGCCUCUUAAGGAAAUAUUUUUCAGGAUCAUUUGUUUUAUUUUGUUUUCUUUCCUUGAAUUGGCAUGUCUUGCUUCUACUCCAGUGAUGAGGAAAGAUGUAACAAGAACAUGUUGUGUAUAAAUGGUUUCCUAAAAGAUUGGCAGGUAGAGAUUUAGAUUUCCUUGGAAAAGGUCCUUCUAUUCUUUUACUGCUGUACAUCAUGUACAUUGUGGCUUUCUUCAUAGUUUUGUCUCCUUCUAAUAUUAUCUCUCUGAAGAUUUUUGAACUGAUAGAGGGUUGCAAUAAAUUGACAUGGAGCACAGUAUGCACAUGUAAUUUAGUCUGAUUUUUCUUUUCCUCAAUUUGUAUUAUAAAAAGAAAAAUUGUUACCAAAGCUCUGGGUAUAUCUGUUUGUAAUGUGUGAAUAUGCAGUUGUGCUGUAAAAUUUGGGAAUCAAACCUUUGAGGGAAGUAGUCGCUGUUUAGUACCAUCCUCUCCUGUGAGAGACUCCCCAGAACAUUGUUUCAGCUGGAAUCAGUCAUGGGAACUUCUUCUACAAGGGACAGCUUAUGUAAUGACAAUGAAAUACCUGAAAUACUGAGACCUGCACUUCCUCAGCGUAAUUCUGUAGACAGCUAAUGUUACCAGGAUAUCAGAUCACGUCUUUCUGAUGAGCUGAGGCAGAGCUGACUGACUCAUCUCCUAGACAAGUGUCCACAGGUUCAGCCUAAUAGCAUGAGGCAUGUGGAGAAUAUCAGCCAGCCUCUAAUGCAAGGUAUCAUUAGGACAUGAUGCAACAAAUAUUAUAAAGAUCCCUGAAAAUAUUUAUAGGAGAUGCCUUCUGUGGUUCAGGAGCUGAAUGUGGCAGGCAGUGGUUUCAUUGCAAACAGGAUUUUAUUUUCUUCUUUUUAUAAGGACAGGUGUUUUAUACAUGUAAACAUAUGUAUAUAUUUAAAUAACAAUCUAAACAUACUAUUAACUAGGACAGUCCCAAUCUCAACCUUGGUCCUGUUCUCUUCCCCCUUCCACUGCCUCUGCCACCAACCAAAACUCAAAUUAAAAUAAUUCUUUAGACUCGAGUCAUGAACAGAUGCCUUCAAAAUCUGAGUAUCCCCUAAAACGCAAGAAAGGAAGAGCAGUGAAAUGUUAUUUCAGACAGAAACUCAACUUGCUAGCCAUCUCUGAAAGCUCCUUUCAUGUUUGUGACCCCUCCCAGAUCUCUGCCAGAGAACGUGUUUCUCAGGGUGCCUGAAAGGUCACCAGGUUUCAAUGAUGUAGGAGCAGGAGGGGAGGACACUGCAGAAACCUUCACCUUGUGAAGACUCAGUAACACCUGCAUUUAGUGGGUGUGUGCUGUCUGCAAGGUCUCAAAGAGCUCAGCACAUGUGUGGGUAAACUGGAGAGAGACACUGGGGGAGAAAUAAUCCCUGGUGCUGUUUCUAAGUAUUUAGGAAUAAAGACUCUAUAAAUACUCUAUAAAAUAGCUGCUGAGAAAUAGGAGUUAACAGGUUUCAACAACCAAGUCGCACUUUUAUUUAAAGAAAGCAGAAGAUAAAAGACCUGUUCCACAAAGCUGCAAAGAAAAAAAAAAAAAAAAAACAAAACCUGCUGAAUUUAGUGUAUUUUAAAUUUGGGCCAGCACUAUUCCAAGCACUUGUUCUUGGAGAAAUCCCAAAAAAUAACUUUAGAUGUUAUUUCAUUAGCUAAUCACUCAUUUUCCAGCAUCUGGUUUCUGUCUUAGCCAAAGUACUAGCCAACAGAGCCCUAAAAACAUAUUCUCCUGAAGAUUUUUGUUUUCUGUGUUGCUGGUGGAGUUUUGGGGGUGCAGGGUGUUAGUGAAUAGAUAGACAAAGAUCCUACUUAUUAAUUGCAUAUAGGAAACUGUCUUGUGCAAGGCAUGAAAAAAACCUGUUGUUUUUUCAUCAAAAAGAUGUAGUAUGGCUGUGAUCAUAUCUGAUAAAUGCUCUAUUGUUUUUUUGUUUUAGGGUUAUUGUCUUAACCUUUAAAAAAACUCAAAGCAAUAAAAUUAAUACCUCCCCUGCAAAGAAAACCCUAACAAAUAACAACCAAACAAAAAGCUCACAAAACUCACAGUCACGCUUUUCUAACGGCAUUUUCAGCUUGAUCCCAGUGCUGUAACUUUUUUAGGGUGGCUUAUAAAGAGAAUCAGAAAACACUUGGGAGCCAUGGUUACAGGAGGGUAAAUAAGCAGUAGGUGCUUGAACUAAGACAACUUUGAGACUACAAAAGCACUGACUUUAAUACUUUUUUUUGCCUGAAUUUAAUGCAAUGUUUUAUUCUCUCUUUACCCCAAUGAAAAUUUGCUCUGCAUUCUUUCAUAAAUGGCAUCUGAUGUGGUAACUCUCUUCAGCUCUUUGUGGUUUCCUGUUUUUCAUAUACAGAUGAAAGUAUCUGCUGAGAUCUAUUUAGCUUCCCAUUUUGUCAUGCAUGACUUUAUCAAUACAAGCCUGCAUGUAACAAAUGAAUUUCUUUGCACUUAGAAAUGCAGUGAAUAUCUUAUGCAAUAGAAAUACAGGAGUGUAUUUUUAGUUAUACUUAAAAUUACUGCUUGUUUUAAUUUAGGAUAACUGCGUAGUAUUUUUUACACAGGACAAACUUAAUAUAGUUGGUUUCUCCCCCAUAAUACUAAGUAAUUUCUAUUUCUGCAUGAGAAAAUACUUAGAAAAACUAAGGCAGUUUGAACUAAUAAAAUUUACAGGAAAUAUUACUGAGUUUGUGAGGCCUGUGUCUUUUGUUGAUUUAGCAGUUAUUAACAAAAUAUUACUGUGAAUGUGUGAGAUCUUGUCCUGAGUAGUUAUGCAUUGGUUAUAUUUUGGUUAAUUAAAAUAUUUUUAAAAAUAUAAUAUAAUCUGAUCUCUGUGUGUGGCAGAACACUUUUAAGAAGUGUUAAGGCUUGGCAAAAUUUUGAUUUGACCCUAAUGACAUAAGAAGAAUUGCUGUUAUUCAGAGUGAUAAGAUGGAGCAAAUUCAAGUGAUCAAACUAAUACCAGUUUCCAAAUACAAGUACUCGGUUGGUAAAAUAACUAACCUGCAUUAUCUUCAACUGUGCAAAUAGAAACUGAAUCUUACAGAACAUGGCUUACUAUGUUAGAAAGGGUAAUUCUAAUUUCCUGUCUAUUAAAGUUAAUGUAACUGUCAUGGCUUAUGACAGGGCUUGGACCACUCUAAGUGGUAUCUGGUUGAUUGCUGUCAUGUUACUUGACCACUGUUCAAGAGCUUUAGCUAUAGCAAAAAUCACUUAAUUGUAGAUAUUAAAUUGAUUCUUAUCAUUUUGUGAAGGGAGGCUGUGAAGAAAGGCGUUCUUUUACAGGCAUAGAGCAGGUCCUUUACAUUAUCUCUGAAAGGAUGUGAGAUUGUUUGCAGCACCUGCUUGGUAGGGUAUUUUGGUUUCUGCACCGCUCUUUUUGUUGUACCCUUAAGGAAGCUUGAAUAUUUUUCAUUGUGAAAUAAAUGACACUUCAGCUGUGUUUAAAGGAAGAACUAUAGUGCCAUGGAAGGUGUUCAGGCAGUGCCUUCAUGAAGUUCAUCAGAUUAGCUCUGGUUUGGAAGCAAUGGCUCUUAAAUCUACUAUUGACUUGACCUGCAAUGACUACAUUUCAAUUUUUGAAUUUGAUAUCUUCACUAGAUUAUUUCAGCCAUGGGGCUCAAUCUUAAGGAAUUGGAACUUCUUAGCUGUGACACAUCCUGGAUAUAUGGCAUUCCUGACGUAUGAUGAAGUGAAAGCAAGGCUGCAGAAAUACAGCACUAAACCUGGGAGCUACAUUUUCAGACUGAGUUGCACUCGCCUAGGCCAGUGGGCCAUUGGCUAUGUGACCGGAGAUGGGAACAUACUGCAGACCAUACCUCACAAUAAGCCUCUGUUUCAAGCUUUGAUCGAUGGCAGCCGGGAAGGAUUCUAUCUGUUCCCAGAUGGACGAAGUUAUAAUCCUGAUUUGACAGGAUUAUGUGAGCCCACACCACAUGAUCACAUAAAAGUCACACAGGAGCAGUAUGAGUUGUACUGUGAAAUGGGUUCCACUUUUCAGCUGUGUAAAAUCUGUGCAGAGAAUGACAAGGAUGUGAAGAUAGAGCCUUGUGGACACCUUAUGUGCACUUCUUGUCUUACAGCGUGGCAGGAAUCAGAUGGCCAAGGCUGCCCUUUCUGCCGCUGUGAAAUCAAAGGGACUGAGCCAAUCAUUGUGGAUCCUUUUGAUCCCAGGGAUGAGAAUUCCAGGUGCUGCAGUAUUAUGGAUAACUUUAGUAUGCCCAUGUUGGACUUGGAUGAUGAUGAUGAUAGAGAAGAGUCUCUAAUGAUGAAUCGUUUGGCUUCAGUCCGAAAGUGCAAUGACAGGCAGAAUUCACCAGUGACUUCCCCAGGAUCAUCCCCUCUUGCACAAAGAAGAAAACCACUUCCAGAUCCCCUGCAAAUCCCUCAUCUUAGUCUUCCACCUGUCCCUCCCCGUCUGGAUCUGAUUCAGAAGGGAGUAGCACGGUCACCGUGUGCCAGCCCAACCGGCUCACCAAAGUCUUCUCCCUGCAUGGUGAGGAAACAGGACAAGCCUUUGCCAGCACCGCCACCUCCCCUGCGAGACCCUCCUCCGCCGCCGCCGGAGCGGCCUCCCCCCAUGCUGCCGGACAGCCGGGCCGCCAGGCACCUGCACCACGCCGAGAGCCUGCCGGCCAGGGAGCAGCCCGUGCCCCUCGAGGCCUGGUGUCCCAGGGACGUGUUCGGGACAAGCCAGCUGGCGGGCUGCCGAGGCGGGGGCGACGCCUCUCCCAAGGCAGGACUGACCGCCAUUGCAAACGUGAACGGGAGGCACGGCCGCGUGAGUUCGGAGCCGGGAUUCAUGAGGAAGCACAGACGUCACGAGCUGCCUGCAGAAAAUGCCAAGGUUUUUUCAAAUGGUCAUCUGAUAAAUGAAGAAUAUGAUGUCCCUCCACGGCUUUCACCCCCUCUUCCAGCUGGCUCUGUCAUCCCUAGUAUAAAGUGCCCUGGUCCUUCAGCAAAUUCUCUGUCUGAUAAAUCAAGGGAACACCCAGAUGAUGAUGAUGAAUACAAAAUUCCUUCUUCACAUCCUGUAAUAUUGAGCUCACAACCGCCUCAUAGUCAUAAUAUAAAACCUCUUGCUCGGGUGUGUGAGAAUGGCCAAUGUGCAAAUGGAACACACGGUGCUACUUCCGAGAUAAAGAAAUCGAAACAUCCAGAGUCAGGAGAUGUCUAUGAUGCACCUACUGUUCCGGUACCUUUGCCUCCUGCACGGCCUCCUGCAAGAGACAACCCCAAACACAGCUCUUUGCUCAACAGGACACCCUCCGAUUAUGAUCUUCUGGUGCCCCCUUUAGGUGAAGAUGCAUUUGAUAACUCGCCCCCCUCACUCCCACCACCACCACCGCCUGCUCGGCACAGCAUGAUUGAGCACACAAAACCUGCUGGCUCAGGGAGCCGACCCUCGUCAGGACAUGAACUGUUCCUUCAUUCUGAUCCUCAGUUUGACUCAAUACCUGGUCAUGUUCCUUUGCCACCUGCUCGGAGAGCACCUGGAGAAAAUGUCAAAACAAAUAGGACAUCUCAAGACUAUGAUCAACUUCCUCCAUGUUCAGAUGGUUCACAAGCACCAGCCAGACCCCCUAAACCACUUCCUCGGAGAACUGCACCAGAAAUACAUCACAGGAAAGCAUACAGCUCUGACAGUUCCACAGAAAAUGUGGAUGCAAAAAUUGCAAAACUUAUGGGAGAGGGCUAUUCCUUUGAAGAAGUCAAGAGGGCACUUGAAAUUGCCCAGAAUAAUGUUGAUGUGGCCCGCAGUAUUUUAAGAGAGUUUGUCUGUUUUCCUCCACCAGUAUCCCCACGUCUCAAUCUAUAGCAGCAUCAAGAUUUUCUUGGAGCAUAUGAAUUCUGCAGAUACACAUGUGGAUUGGGGAAUGAGAAGAAGAACAGAAUGGAAUAUUUUUCUUCAUCCUUAGCAGAAGGGUGUUUGUUUCCAGCCGUUUAUCAAAGGCUCCUGGCUGCUCUGAUCAAGACUUAUAAAUAUGCCGAGGCUUAUGUAUUUUUGCUAGCCAUACUUUUUUAAAUCAGGGUUGAACUUACAAAAUAAUUUUUAAAAAGUUUACUUCCCUAGAACUUUUAAUCUGUGAAAUACUUUUUCUUGUUUACAAGUUGGCAAGUUACAAUUUCCUAGUUUGUGCCUGUACUAUGUCCUGUUCAUAUUCCCUUGUACUUGUGGUCAGUUCUACUGUAGCAUUCCCAACAGUUUCCUUGCUGACCACUCCAUCAACUAAAUCAUCACUUUCCAGGAGUUCUGUUUUUCUUUUAGUCUUUUUUUUUUUCUUUAACAAGAUGCUUUAAUUGGUUUUUUUUUGCAUUUCAGCUCAUCAAAUGCAAAAAGUAUGUGGCCUUCACUACUGAUUUUUUUUUUUUCUUCUGAGAUUCCUUUGCUUUUGAGAGAGGAAAUAUCUGAAUGUAAAACACAUUAUUCUGUGAACUGCCUUUUUAAAGGUAUUUUGACAGUAAUGGUGGGCAGCUUUCUGUUUAACAAGAAUUCCAUGACCUGUAGUCUCAAGGUCUUUUAUAUACAGUUUCCAUAAAAACAUCCCAACCAACAAGUAAAACACUUCAUGCAGCAGUGAUUCUGAGUUCUCACAUGUAAAAUUUCUUUCAGAAUUGAGUGUUUGAUUGCAGAUGUUUAAAAAAUGCCAAAUGCACAUGAUAAUACUGUGUUUUAAUGACACACUAAUGGCGCCAGUUCUUCAUGACCAUACGAAAAGGAAUCUUUUUCAAUUACAUUAAAGGUAUUCAGGUAAAUUCCAGUUCUAGAUUCAGUAAAGUGGAAUGUGGUUAAUGUUUUGUUUGAGUGAUUAUCCUGUGUUUCGUUGUGGCUUGGAUCAGUUUGUAUUAACUUGGAAACUUUAAAUCUUCGAUGCACUGUUAAUUCCUAAUGCUACUGUAGCAAUAUUUUUUGCAAAGUUUUUUAAUAACCUCCUCCCUCCCUUGUAAACUUCAUAAUUCUCAAGGAUGUGUUUAACACCCAAAUUCAUUCAUUCACUUUCCAGCUGCUUAGUUGGAAAUACAUUUUUGCUUUACUUGGUUAGUGAUACUCCAGACUUUGACAUUUUAUUUUUAAGCCCAAAUUCAUGCAAGCCAAUUUAAAAACCUUUCUGAUUUUAAAAAAAGAGGGAGAAGACAAUUUUGUUCUGAGUACGUUCAAAGUUGAAUCCAAAUAUUUCCAGAAAAAUUCUUAAGAUUGCUGCUUUCUUGGGUUUUUUUAGGAAACGUUGAAAUUUUUCUUCUAAUAUUAUUGAACAAAUAAAACCAUGUGAUAUUUAGAAUAUUUUUCUCAUUUUGAUAUGUGAUGAGUAUAUGAAAAUUUCAGUGUGCCAGGCUGGGUGUGAAGUAUAUAUUCAUUAUUCCCUUUCAGCUCUUAGUGUUCUCUUUCACUCUGAGUAAGUGCUAGAAUUUGUAUCACUUGCAGGAUCAGGUCUCACCAGGCAAUGUGUUUGUCAUAAAGAUGUUUUUAAAGACAGCACAUGACUGAACUGCAGGAUUUGAAGUAACUGAGAACACCCAUUGGAAAUUACUCUGCUAUCUCAAAGUUCCAUUGUUUCAUGAAAAAACUUGUUCUUAAAACUAAUUAAAUUAUUUUGUAGCAUCACAGAGCAUGAUAUGGAUAUUGUUAAUCUGUGUCAGUGAUAAAAAGUGAUCAGGAGAAUACAGGGUAUAGGGAAGAGCUGCUGCAGAAUUUGGAUUUAAGCAAAUGCUUCUAAGUUUACGCAUCUUCCUGUAAUUGUUCAUUCCUCAAGUACAGCUUAGGAAAAGUUGUGAUGUAAGUUAUAUUCUCUGCUUUUGGCUCAAGUUAAUCACUUUUCUCUGUUUUGGGAGAAAGUUUUGUGUAGUAUGGGACCCCCUUGUUCAUUUGGUUUGUUUGCAACAUCACUGUAGCAUUUUAGCUAGCUAUAAAUUGAAAAUUAUUCAGGCUAUUAAAUUAUACACUCUGGUUGUACUGGAAUUACUGAAAUGAGGUUCUAGCAUAACUGCCAGCAUAACAAUGAUGAAAAAAAGAGCGCUUUACGAGGACGAACAAACAAUCUGCAGAUUGAGUUUUGAAAUUUUGAAUUGCAAUGAAGAACUCAUUUUCUCCUUUUUAUCCAGCAGCUUAGUAUAAAUUACGUCCUUAUAUUUCAAUUAGAGGCUGGAACUGCUGCCUGAUAGAUUAAGGUUUUUAAAGUUUUCCUUCUUUCUGGUUAUGACCACCAGUGACAGUUUUUUAUUAUGGGUUAAAAAACCAAACUUGAUUAGCAGUAUUUUGAGUGGUAACUUCAAAAGAUUUCCAUUUCUCUUUAAAUGAGUGUGCUAAUAACACUUCUAAAUAGUGGAACCUGCAGGCUGUUUCAAACCUGUUCUGGUUAAAGUCAAGCAGCAAAAUGGCUUUGCUAGAGUGUUGAUGUUUACUCUGCAGGAAUUAAUAGGCUUAAAAUAAAUGAAUCUGGCUGCAGUCUAGUUCUCCAGAGACAUAGUUCUCUAAACAUAUUUUUAACCUUUGAAAGACUUAAGGAUUUGAGCCUGGCAGUGUGUUGUGCACUUACAUAACUUUAAGGAAGACUGACUUGAAUGAGAGUGCUUGGGUGAACAAAGUCGGUUAAACUCAGAAACACUUGAAGUCUUUAGACCAUCCUUGUGUUGUCUGUUGCCUCACCUUUUCUCUCUCUUUUGGCUAAGUUACUGCAUUUUAAGCAAACUGGCUGAAUCAGAAGUUGAGCAGAGCAAGUGGACAUCAGCAGCACAGAUAUUUUCCAAAGGCUAUGUGUAGGAAAUGUUUAAAUUGUGGUAAAGGAAACUAAUAUAAAUAGCCAUGUUAAUGGCAUGUCUGGAACCCUAAAAUGGCCACUGGUCAAAUUUGUUAAUGUCCAGUAUCUCAAGAGUGCAUCUGGCACAGCUUUUUUACAAUGUGAAUUUAGGAAAUUUUGUACCAGGAUCAUUUCUUCUGUUGUAUUUCUUUCAUUUUCAGCUUGAAGCUUUACUUUGCACUGACAACUCUGACCUGAAAUUUGUGUCUUAAAUAUUGACAAAUUUUGAAGCAAAUGAACACCGUAUUCAAAGCACAUUCAGGGGCUACCUGAUGAGCUGGAAUUCAGCGCUUUUAGGAGUGACUUCUUGAAAAAGGACUUCAGCAGUUUCCAUUUUGAAGGACUUUCUUUCAAAUAACUAUUUUAUCUGAAAAUGCCUUUUAUAAACUUGUCUAAUGUGGCAAAUUUAGUGAUGUGUUCAAUUAAUUUAUAUUUUAUUCAACAUUUUUUUUAAAUUUUGGUUUUUCUGUAUGCUCAAGUUCUUUAUCUGUUCAUGUAAGGUAUUUUAUAAAAUUAAUGUUAAGAGAA